AUGUCCGAGUCGGCGGAGGUGAUCACCGACGCCGACGUUCGAUCUGAUGUGGGUGUGAAGGCAGUUUCAGAAGCUGUUGUUGAACAUCCAUCAGUAGAUUCCUUAGCUCUAGUUCCACGGGAAGAAGGAAAGUCAGUACUCGAUUUGAUCCGAGAUAAAGCAGAUAACACUCACGGAUGUCACGUCUGCUACGAUGACUACGAAACUCCCAACAACCAACCGAGAGUACUUGCAUGUGGACACACUUACUGUACUCGAUGUGUCAUCAGUUGCAGUGCUCCGAGUGAACAACAUAACUCAAGUAUUGGCAUCAAAUGUCCGGAAUGUAGGAAGAUUAGUAUACAGGCACCUGCUACCGUUCCUGUUAAUUUUCAACUUAUGCAGCUUCUCACUGCAUUGAGUCUCAUCAAAGAGUCAGAUCCCGAUGAGUGUGAUCCACCAGAAUAUGAAAAUUUUGAGCGUCUCGGAGCACAUGUUCCUGUCAAUGAACUCAUGUCACUCUCACUCUCUGAUCUUUGUGAACACAUGAAAGCAGUUUUCAACGCGAUUCGUCUCCUCUCCCUGAAUGAUAAAAAAAUUAAAAGAAUGUCAGUUUUUAGAAAAUUUCAAACAGAAUCUCAGAAGAUCGAUGAUAUCGAAAGGAAUAUGUACAAGAUAAUUCAAAAUAUGACAAAAUUGCAAAAUGGACAGACGAUGGAAGAUGAAAAUUCGACCAAUUUAUCAUGGAAUAAUCUACAUCCAAUAAGGAACGAACGAAGGUUUAAUGAUGCAGAUUGGAUGAGGGAAAUGGUAGUAUUCCGACCAAAUAAUCCUAAUGCUCCCGUAAUCCCGCUACCUACUUUUCCUGUUGCUCAACCGCCUUCCGAUGAUCUGCGAACUGUCUCCGAGAGAGACCAAGAUGAACGAGGUCAAAGUAGGAAUAUGGCUGUUUUCCGUGAAGCACAUCUUCGAAGAGAACGAGAAAGUGCUCAAGAAAGAGAGGUUGCGACUAGAAAUGAGGCGAUAAUGAGACGUCUUUUCGAUGAUCAUUACGUUUCAAAUGACUCAGAAAUCGAUCAGUUCACUUGGUUCAGAAGUCUGUAUAGGAAUAAUGGACCGGCGAAUGGAGGACAAAUUGGAAUGGUACGAGCAUUGAAUGAGACAAGAAGAAGGAGACAAGCAGAAGAAGCAGCGAAUGCUGCGGCGCUAGAAGAAAAUAAUGAUGAAGAUGAAGAGGAAGAUGAUGAAGAUGAGGAGGAUGAAGAGGAGGAAGAGGAUGAGGAGGAAGAAGAAGAUGGGGCAGAUGAAGAAGAAGAGGAACAAGACCAAGAAGAAGAGGAGCAGGAUCAAGAAGAAGAGGAGCCACGUGACCCACAGGAGGUCCGUGUUGUAGAUAUAUCGGAUGUUCCAGAUUUCGAUUUUCAAAUGAGAGAAGAAUUACGGGAACUUGCACGUCAACAGGCACCAGAAGUUGAGUUCCCAGAAGAAGAAGAAGAAGUAGACGACGCCGCUUCAGAUGACUCCUCAUUCAUUGAUGUUCCUAUUCCAAGACCGCCACCACCAGAGGUUACAAUUGGAGAGGCUCUUACUGCGUAUCGAUUGAUUGAAGCUUUCAGACCUAGCUCGCACAGACACCUCAUCGAGAGCUACAACUUCUCCGUUUUCACACCGAACUUCGACGCUCUUCAUCAACAAAUUCUGCAACCGAAUGCUUCAGUAACCGAUGUAUUAGCCAAUGAGCAUCUUCUAGAUCUUCGUCGUGUAUGCUUCAUGGGCGGAGUCUGCAUGAAUAGUCUCCUUCGUUCCAUUCGUCAACAUAGUGCUCAAGCUCCUCCAGCCCCGCAGACACCUCCACUCACCGAACGAGUUCGUCGACAGAGACCAGCAGCAGCCGAUGAUUACAACGCUCGUCUUACUGUACUCAGAAAACGUGCAAAGGAAGCACUACGUGGAAAUCGUCCGGACCAACCAACUACUGACGAAGAAGCGAAUCUCACAGUCCGUCUAAUUGUCAAUUUGGCGAAUUCAAUGGGUGUUCGUGAUAAAUUAGAAGAGAUGCUUUCCCCACAACCACGUGUAGAUCAAAACGAAGGGUUGUUUGUGAUGAGAACGAAUGCGUCGACUCGACAGGAAAUGCUCUUCUGUACAGUAUGUCGAUGUGAUGUUCCGAUGGGAUCAAAGCAAGUUCAUUCACAAGGAAGACGUCAUAUUACUAAUCUCGCAAACCGUGCCCAAACCAGCCAACAAUAA